AUGUGUUCAGCUGAAGACAUCAUCUUCUGCGGAAAACUCAUUCCUUUCAAAGAACAACAAUUCUCUCAUCCCACUCCUCAAACACCCAAAAUCACCAAUGAAAACCAAACCAAACAAACCUCCCUUCGACGAAGAUCCGAGUCUUUAUCAAAGCUACAAAGCCCCGUAACUCGAUCAAACAGUAUUAACACCAAGCUCAUGAGGAACAGUCGGUCUUUAGAUUAUAGAAAACUCAACCCAAUUUCACACUCACCACCAGAAACCAUAGAAAGAAACUCUUCGGUUAAGAGCGUUGGAAGUAAGUCAGAGAUAGCUCUGAAGAAAGCGGCAUCGUCAAGGCCUCGUUGGUACUUCUUCAUGUUUGGAAUGGUGAAGUUUCCUACAGAGAUGGAGCUUAGUGACAUUAAGAACCGCCAGGUUCGCCGGAACCAACCACAAUCAAUGAUUUUUCCAGUAAACCGGAGCUCCGUUUCCGGUAAGGGAUCUGGGUCUUGGAAGUUGCUCAAAGCUUUGAGCUGCAAAGAUCAUGCUAGUGUGGCUGUAACGGCAUCGUUUUGUGUUCCACGUGUUUGA